AUGGCACCACGAAGAUUCCAAGCCGAACAGACCGAUGCGAGCCCUUUGGCUCAGCCGCUCAAGUUUGAGUUUAGCGGCCAGACCGCUAAGAACAGGCUGAUGAAGGCUGCCAUGACUGAACGUCUGUCAACAUGGGAUCCCAAGGUUCUAGAGAAUCGAGGCGUUCCUACACCAGAGCUCAUCAACGUUUACCGACGAUGGGGAGAAGGAGAUUUUGGUGUUAUCCUGACAGGAAACGUCAUGGUGGAAUAUGACCAUCUCGAGGCUGCCGGAAACCCCAUCGUUCCUCGUGAUGCCCCCAUGUCUGGCGAGCGGUUCGAGGCGUUCAAGGAGAUGGCUACUGUUGGCAAGAAGAACGGAAGCUUGAUGGUUGCGCAGGUCAGCCAUCCUGGACGCCAGGUUGCUGAUAACAUUCAGAAGAACCCCAUUUCUGCUAGUGAUGUGCAGCUUGAGGGUGAGGUUAUGGGUAUGCACUUUGCUAAGCCCAAGCCCAUGGAUGAGCAGGAUUUCAAGAAUGUUAUCGAGGGAUUUGCUCAUGCUGCUGAGUUCCUCUACAAGGCGGGCUAUAACGGCGUCCAAUUACACGGAGCACAUGGUUAUCUCCUAGCACAAUUCCUCUCUCCAACAACAAACAAGCGAACAGACAAGUACGGUGGCUCAAUCGAAAACCGUGCUCGCAUCAUCUUCGAGAUCGCAGACGCCAUCCGCGCUCGUGUGCCUGACAAGGCAUUCGGACUAUCUAUCAAGGUCAACAGCGUUGAGUUCCAAGAAGGCGGAUUCUCCACAGAAGACUGCAAGGCUCUGUGCCGCCAACUCGAGGAGCAUGGCUUUGACUUUGUCGAGCUAUCCGGAGGAACGUACCAGAGCCUUGCCUUUUCUCACAAACGCGAAAGCACCAAGAAGCGAGAGGCUUUCUUCCUCGACUUUGCCGAGAUGAUUAUUCCUGAGCUUAAGCAGACCAAGGCUUAUGUCACCGGCGGUCUAAGGACGGUCCAUGCCAUGGUCGAGGCCCUCCAAACUGUUCAUGGUAUUGGUCUGGCCCGUCCUGUCACGAAUGAGUUCGAUCUGCCUGCCAAGCUCAUCAAGGGCGAGGCCAACGCUGCCAUCUAUACUCUCCUUGAUGAGCAAAACUUUGGCAUCACAAACGUUGCCGCCGGUACACAAAUCCGAUUGGUGGGAAAGGACAAGCAGCCUCUUGACUUGAGUCGUGAGGACCAUAAGAAGGUUUUCGAGGAAUCGAUGCAGAAGUGGGGUGAGGCUAUGGCCAAUAAUGAGGACCAGUCCAAGUAUGGAUAUAUUGACGUUGAGGGCACUAAGCUGGAGCCCUUUGGCGAGGCAUAUGCGGCCGCUUAA